AUGAAGUUCACAGCAAGGGAGGAAGGGUACAAGCGAUCAACCCCUUACUCACUCACCACUGCUUACAAGACUGAUGUCUGGAAACGGCAGAUCAAGGAAUUCCAUUCCUACGCCGGCGGCCUCCCGGCUCUAGAGUGCUCCAACAACCCCCUGCGCUUCAAGUUCUCCUGGUCGCCCCGAGGCUCGCUCCUUGCGCAGCUCAACCCGGCAUCCUACCUCCAGAAUGGUCAGAUCGUUGAUGUUUCCCGCGAAGAUCUCAUGAAGCAGGCCAAGCCGUACCACGUGAUGGACGGAUACUCUUUUCUGGCGUACCCUAACCGGAACUCCGUCCCCUUUCGGGAGUUCUACAGAAUUUCUGAAGCAGAGACGGUUGUGCGCGGGUCGCUGCGGUAUGAAGGGAACCCGGCUUUCGUGGUGGCGUUGACGAAGCUUGGAUUGUUGAGCACGCAGCCACUGGGAUGGCUGGACAAGGGUAACGAUGAUUUGGUGUUGCGGGAGGUUUUCGGACGGGCGAUUGGUGCUGCGGGGACUGACGAACAGUGUCUGGUCACGCGCAUUGACGAGAUUUGCGAGUUCCCGGACAUUACUGAGAGGAACAGAAUCAUUGACGGCCUGCGGUGGAUCGGACUCUUUUCUGACAAACCGGCAACUCUCCGCGGCAAUCUCUUAGACACACUGUGUGCGGAGCUCGAAAGACUCAUGAGCUAUCAGCCUGGCGAGAGAGAUCUGGUCAUGCUUCAGCACAAGUUCGUUGUCGAGUGGAAAGAUGGCAGUCGAGAAACAAUCACAUCGACACUUGAGCUUUUUGGAGAACCUGGUGGGUAUUCUGCCAUGGCCAGGACCGUUGGUGUGACCUGCGGCAUUGCUACGCAGCUCCUGCUUGACAGUGAACCUGCUUUGAAUAUGCCUGGGGUGUUGGCGCCAUACACUUCAGGGAUAUGUGAUCCCAUUCGCAAGAUCCUUGAGAAGGAGGGGAUUAGCAUGAUAGAAAAGACACUUUGA